AUGCCGCCUAAGAAGAACGCCAACAAGGGCGACGACAAGACCUUCGGUCUUAAGAACAAGAACAAGUCGUCCAAGGUGCAGAAGUAUGUGGAGCAGGUGAACAGGCAGCAGGCCGAGGGCGGCAAGAGCAAGGCAGACAUGGCCAAGGCCAAGCAGGCCGAGGACCGAAAGAUGGCCAAGGAUGCGGCUGAGCAGCGGAAGAAGGCGGAAGCGCAGUUGAUGGGCGCCUCCAUUCAGCCGCAGAAGGUGCCAUUUGGAACGGACCCGAAGACUAUCCUGUGCGCGUACUUCAAGGCAGGCAUCUGCCAGAAGGGCUCGAAGUGCAAGUUCUCGCACGACCCGAACGUCGGGCGCAAGGCCGAGAAGAUGAACCUGUACGAGGAUGCGCGUGAAGCCGACGAGAAGACGGCCGAUACCAUGGACAACUGGGAUGAAGCCAAGCUCAGCGAGGUCGUCGCCCAGAAUGGGAGGAAGCAGAAGACUACGACUGACAUCGUGUGCAAGCAUUUCCUGCAGGCCAUCGAAGACAAGAAGUAUGGAUGGUUCUGGAUCUGUCCCAACGGCGGCGACACGUGCAUGUACCGCCAUGCGCUUCCGCCAGGGUUCGUCCUCAAGAAGGACAAGAAGGACGACGAGAAGGACACCAUCUCGCUGGAGGACUUUAUCGAGGUCGAGCGCCACAAGUUGAAGCCUCCCCUCACGCCCGUCACGCCCGAGACGUUCGCUGCGUGGAAGAAGAACCGCUUGGCAAAGAAGGAGGCCGAGGAGGAGGCGGUCAGCAAGGCCAAGAUCCAACAGCGUGCGGCCGGCAAGUUGACAGGCAUGACGGGCAAGGACCUGUUCGACUUUGGCGGCGAGAUAUUCGAGGACGAGGACGAGGAUGCCCAAGAGGAGGAGUGGGACAUUUCGCGGAUGCUUGCGCGUUAUCGGGACGAGGCAGAGAAUGGAGACGGCGAGGACGUCGACGGGGUCACAGAGGGUGUGGGCAAGGUCACUGUCAAGGAGUAG